GUCAACAACAACAAUGGCGGGCUGACCGACGCCGCCCUUGUCCCUACACCGCCUCUCUCUGUCAUUGUCCCUCUACUGCCGUCUACUUGUCUGUCUCAGCCACUGUCUACCUGUCUGUCUGUCCCUCCAGCUGCUGCUGCUCACCGUCCGCGCUGCACUGUGGACGAGGAGCUGUGUUGGCACAGUGUAAUGUAGAGUGUGUUGGUGCCGCAGCCUUGACACUCACCACACACACUCAAGAUCACAGUCUCCACUCAACGUCACACUCAAGAUCAGUCUUCACACACUGGAGAGACUUCCUCAUUCAGCCUUCCACGAGAGACUUCCUUAAAUGCUACGUCGUUUGGACUUUGUUAUUGACUGCCAGCUCUGACGUACCUUCAGAGCCUGUGCCUGCCUACACAGUAUGCUGAGUGCUGACACUGUAUGGUGCCUGCCUACACAGUAUGCUGAGUGCUGACACUGUAUGGUGCCUGCCUACACAGUAUGCUGCCUGCCUACACAGUAUGCUAAGUGCUGACACUAUGGUGCCUGCCUACACCGUAUGCUGCCUGCCUACAACAUAUGCUGAGUGCUGACACUGUAUGCUGCCUGCCUAUGGACUUGUACAUUCAUCCUUGUCUAUUGUACAUAAUGUUCGCACUGAGUGUUGUCUCUUGUUGUUAAUAGUGUGAGACUUGGAUGACACGCAAGAUAGAUACUACAGCACUUGUCAGUAUUAAUCUCAUUGUUACAUAUGCCUUCAUUUUAUGACUGGUACUGAAUUUAAUUACAAUAAAUCUCGUCGAAUAUCAGCAUGGGUCCACGUGACUGCUGUUGAAGUUAGCACACAUCAAAAAUACAGCAUUACAUUUAUAUGGAUCGCCUGAUAAAUCCUCACGUACCUUAAGAAGAGAUAUAGUUCAAAUCUUGAGAAUCUGUUAUAGUAAUGUGAAGAGUUUUGUUCAUCACUUGUUAACCAAGAUGAUUGCUCAACUAGUGUCUUCUGUGUGCACUUUUCCCCUGGUUGUGGGCCUCCUGGCGGUGAUCUCCCUGGCGGCACUUUAUCUGCAGAAGACGUACACUUUCUGGGAGGUGCGAGGGGUCGGAGGCCCCAAGCCAACAUGGGUGAUUGGUAACAUGUAUGCCAGGCUUAGACCCACGCACUCAAUGGCAGAGUACGAUCAGUUGUUGUACAAGGAACACGGAGGCAAGAGAUUCUGUGGCUACUACGAAUUUACUCAGCCAUGUCUCAUGAUAGGAGACCCAGAGCUGCUCAAGCAUGUGAUGGUCAAGGACUUCGAUCACUUCACCGACCGGAGUUUUGUGACGUUCAACGAGCCUGUGAUGGACCACAUGUUGCUGGGACUGAAGGGAGGUGUGUGGAAGGCCGUGCGGGCCGUCAUGACGCCAACCUUUAGUUCCGGCAAGAUCAAACACACUCUCCAGCUGGUUAAGGAUUGUGCCAAGAACCUGGUUAUAUACUUUGAUAAGGAGUUUGAGAAGAGAUCAAUGGAGUUUGAGAUGAAGGAAGUAUAUGGCAUGUUUACCAUGGACGCCAUCGCUAGUAUUGCCUUCGGUGUAAACAGUGACUCUCUGAAUAAUACACAGAACGAGUUCUCAGCAGCGGCGGCUCGCUUCUUCACGCCUCCGCCCAGGUGGAAGCGACCCAUUAUCUUCUUCCAGUUCCUGUGGCCACAGAUUGCCAGACAUCUCUGCCUUAAUGUUAUUGACAGAACACCCAUUCACUUCUUUACAAAGGUGGUGUCGGACACCAUGAAGUACCGCCUGGAGAACCAGCUGAGGAGAAGCGACUUCCUGCAGCUGCUGCUGGACGCCCGCCUGCAGGAACACACUAAUAACAACAAAGGAACGCACAGCGCAGCAGAUCUGACCUCUAAGAAGAUCACUAACCAAGUGUUGACAGAUCUGGUCAUCACAGCACAGUGUGUUCUCUUCUACAUUGCUGGCUAUGACACGACUGCCACCACCCUCAGCUUCCUCUCCUACUGCCUCGCACUUCACCCUCACAUUCAACAAAAGUGCAUGCAGGAGAUUGAUCGUGUUCUGGAGAAGCAUGACGGAAAAAUCACAUACGAGUGUAUUACAGAAAUGACGUACUUGGAUAUGGUGUUUGCUGAGACACUGCGGCUGUACCCUCCCGCCCCCCGGGUGGACCGCACCGUCACCAAGGACUAUACUCUCCCUGGCACCAACCUCACCUUGUAUAAGGGGCAGAAGGUCACCAUACCUAUUUACAGCAUACACAGAGACCCAGACAACUAUCCAGAUCCUGAAAGGUUUGACCCCGAGCGCUUCUCACCGGAAAAUAAAGCCAGCCGUUCACAGCUUGUGUAUCUGCCCUUUGGAAGUGGUCCACGCAACUGCAUAGGAAUGAGGUUUGCUCUGAUGGAAGCCAAGGUGGCAGUAGUGUACCUACUGCAGGAGUUUGCUUUUAUACCCAGUAAGAAGACCCAGGUGCCCAUCAUCAUCGAGCAGCGCAGCGGACUCCUCAAGGCUCAGGAUGGCGUGUGGGUGAGGCUUGCCAAGAGAACAUCCCACUAGCCUUCCCACGCUUGUAUACAGCUAUAGUAGCAUUAUCUUGUGACGUUUGUGCACCUUAGAUUCCUGUCCUUGAGACAGGAACCUCCGGGUUCUUGUUUAAUUUGAUAGAAGCAAAGUUUCUUUUCACUAACAUGUUCAAAUGUGUUGUGCAUCUACAUAUUUUUUCUUGUAAGGAUAUGCAGUACAUUGUUCAGUACUUCGAUCUACGAGGUUUUGUAGAUAACCUACAUAAUUUGUACAUUAUCAUACACCUACAGCACAUAUUGUUUUAAAAAUAACAUUUUAAUGUUUAGAUUAAUUUUUCACUAAAAAUACACUAAAUUCAGUUAUGUUUAUGGGUACUUUUUCCUUCAAUAAUAUUUUGUUUUGGGGAAUCCUUUUAUGCUGAUAUUGAGUUGGGUCAGUUGUGGUGGAGCCCCUCGGUGACUCCCUGAAGCUCUGGGGCCGAGACGCCUUCACCUCUAGGAUAAAAUUAUUGCAGUUGUUGUUAGACCAACCAGUGACUAGAGCCAAAACCUGGCGUCCCUCACUGAGGCGCAGGCAGUAAGUGACAGUUCGCCAUCCCACCACGAAAUCAUCCAGAAAAGUCAGCAAAAUUUUACAGAUAACUGAAGGAUUCUCAGAAAGCGAAGCCUUGAACCCGCCAAGAAAACGCCAUAAAAAUUCAAAUGAAAUUUUAUAUUCACUCAACGCUAGCUAAAACUUGUUAGUACCGAUUGAUGCCACCAGGUGGCCCAGCCCCAGCCAAUACCCAGUGUUGCUGGUCAGUUCUUUCAACGAUAUGAUGGUGGGUAAUACAACCUGUAGCACACCUGUGCCAGGUGAGUACGAUGGGCUCACCAUAUCCCGUGCUGCUUGAAACUUUUUUGUUAAGCAGCACGGGCUGUUCCUGUAGUGUUCCAGUCCAUAAGUGGUGGAUGAUGGGCUGGAACCUCUGCUUCACGCUAAGUACUGGCCGGCCUUAGACUUCAUUCGCCUAGUGUAAACCAUUUGUUUGUAUGUUUUUCAUUUUAUUUUAGUGGUAGCUCACAUGCGUGUUUCCUUUCCGGCUUGUGUGGGGAUGGCUUCUUUUGCACCUUAAGUGGCACCUUCAAGUUUUUAUCCUUGGGUGCUCGCUAGUGCUGCCCUUGCACAGACAGGUGUGGCUUCUCUGGUGUGUUGGGAGUUUGACCCCUGUGAGACCAGGCCACCUGGGAGGUGGAGAGCCUUGCCUUGGGCUGUUCAUAAGUUUUUUUAUUCUUCUGUUUGGGCUAGGGACAUUGUUGGCUGUGCGAGUAAUGCGGGCUUGUUCAUGUGAAUGCAGCGGUCCCCCAUUCGUAGCCUAGGAGUGUUGUCUGUAUUUAUAUAUUUUUGUUUGGGGAGCGGUCCCAUAAUCUGGGUGUCCUGUUUGUCUGCCUUCAGGAUCUGGUAAUUUUCUGGCGUGUCUCAGGGAUGGUUCAUUAUGGAUUGGGCCACUGAGCCGGUGCUCUCACAUUGUGAGCACGAGGGAUGCUCAUCGUUCUUGGUACAGGGCGAUGAUCAUUCUUUCUGCUUCUGCCAUGCUGCCUGCUGGGUCAGUGACGCCUACGACCCAGUCCUGGGAUGUUUUCCAUCACUGGGUCACUGUAUUAACUGAUUUGUCAGGAAGCUGGUGGUGCUUUGCGAGCAAAGUUUGCUUGGCUUUGGCAUUCGUGACAUUGCGAUUGUUUGGAGGUCCCAGUGUUGGCUCGUAUGGUGUUUAGCCCUUCCUCUGCACGAGUCAUAUAGGAGGAAUUAGAGUACUGUGUAAGAAGUUCUGCGCGCACACACAGGGCUCACAUUUGCUUCCUCAGACCUCCAGUAAACAGAUGCCACCUUGGAAAAAGUGGUGCGCACGUCUCAAGGAUAUGAGGCCUCGGUAUAGAGUGCGACCACAGUUAACAGUGCAGAACCUCAUGCCCCAACCCGUCCUUUAAAUAAUGACCCAAAGUCCAUUCCAUGCAUCCGCCAAACCCCCUGUUUGAGUGAAAAACGUUAUACACACGACUCGCAACUGAUGACGUCCGAACACUUCUGGAACAAGUGCUUCACUGGCGACUUUUGUUCAAAUAACAAUGCUGUAAAUGCUUCAUCCACGUACUACAAAUAAUCGCCAACAGAAGCUAAACACUUAAACUAACCAUUGCCUAAAUAUGCACAGUAGGCUAAUAUGUAGCAAUAUUAAUUUAUAUUUCAGAAAAUUCCUAUUUUAAAUGAACAGCAUGUUAAAAUUGAUGAAUGCGUCUUCGGGGUCGACCACAGGAUGGAAUGGACUUGGUCUGAGGACGGGUUGCGUGCCCACACCAUCACUUAAGGUAUGGGCACCUCCCCAACUUCGCCACGGGUACCACCAGUCCCCGUGGCGAAGUUGGCAAUUAAUCGGCAUAAUUUUAGCCAUGAUCUUAAUUGCCAAUUAAUUCCCAUCAACUGAUUCUCAUUUAUUGAAUUUUCAUUCAAGAGCUUUUUUUAAGUUGGCAGCUUCAAGGCUUCAUUUUCUGUGAACCCUCCAGUUAUCUGUUGAGCUUUGCAGACUUAAAGGAUGCUUUCCCAGUGGGGCGGUAAAUUGUCAGGCUUUCUAUGCCUCGGUCAAGGACCUUGACCUGUCUCUGGUCCCCGGAAGGUCAAACACAACUCUUGUGACUCUGACCCUUUAGGUGGAGCACUUCCCUGGAAAUAGCUUUAAGGAGCUGCCUACCAGAAAGUGGCAUUUCAUUACAUUUAAUGCUGGAUUUUUCUGUUAUAUAAUACUAAUUAUAUAUUUCUCCUAAACAAAAGGUUAAACUAUUAUUGUAGCUUUAGAAAGAUCGUUUUCUUAUUAGAAGUGCAAAAAAAAAAAAAUGGGGGAUUUUUUGCUUGAGUAGCAAAUCCCAUCUCUUGGGAGUUAUGGUACAGCAUGGAUAAAUGUGCAGCUAAUGUGUUGAACACGGUGCUCGUAGUUCGUGGGCUAUUGUAGUUCAGUAGAGAAAGUUUGCCUUUAUUAACUACCUUAUAAAUCUUGGUAACAGUAAAGACUGUGAAAUUCUUUAUUGUAAACUAUAACUUUUAUUAUUGAGAGGUGCUCAUUUCUUUAGCUUAUCCUGGCUAGAUAAUGUGGUGUGUGACAAUAUUUUCAGAGAAGGAAGGCAUUCACUCUAACAUCUGUGUCGAGGCCACCAUAACAACCUCGGUACAUUCACUUGACAAAAUAUUCAUUAGCCAGUAUGUUCACUUUUCAUGACAUUCCCUAAUCUAUAUUUCCUUGACAUUUCAGACUGGAUAUUACCUAGCCUUUAUAUUCCCCUGGUCCAAAUAUUCCCUAGCCAAGACAUUCCUUAGCUUGGAUAUUUCCUAACCAUAUUAUUCCCAAGCCAGGAGAUUCCCUAGCCUGGAUAUUUCUUAGCCAGGAUAUUCCCUGUCCUGUAUAAUCCAUAGCCAGGACAUAACGUAGCUUAGAUAUUCCCUAGGCAGGACAUUCCAUUGCCUAGAUAUUCCCUAGGCAGGACAUUCCAUUGCCUAGAUAUUCCCUAGGCAGGACAUUCCAUUGCCUAGAUAUUCCCUAGGCAGGACAUUCCAUUGCCUAGAUACAAUAUUUCCCUAGCCUGAAAAUUUACUAAAGACUGGCAAAUAUUGCUAAUAAUUAAUAGCACUUAAUGUCAAGAAUAAGUCAGAACUCUUGAGCAAUCAUUUAUAUCUCGAAAUAAUAAAUAUAAAUAAAUAAAAAGUGUAUGCCGUACCUAAUAGCCACAACCGUACUUCUUGGCCUAGUAUGCAAGGUGCGGUGAGACUAACAGGCAGAAUGAUAUUUGUUAUUUUCAAAUAUUUCUUUUCAUAUUGGUUCUUUUCUAAGAAUAAUAAUCUAUUAGGAACAUGACAUAUAAACUAAAAUACAGUAUUUGUUUGGUUUGGAUAAGUUAGGUUUGAUAAAAUUUGUUAGUUUUGACUCAGAUAACAUAAAAUUGCAAUCAUAUAUAUAAUACAAUAAAAACAUUUUAAUUUCAUAAACAAAUUUGGAAAAAUUUAAUAUUUCACCAAAAACUCGGCUCGUUAGGCAACUCUGGCUAUUAGGUAUGACUGUAUAAUAUAGUGUGUAUGUAUGCAUAUAUAUAUAUGUAUGUAUAUAUAUAUAUAUAUAUAUAUGUAUGUAUAUAUAUAUAUAUAUAUGUAUGUAUGUAUGUAAAUAGGAUUGCUGUAGUUACCUAGGUGAGUUCAGUCUGCCAACACUUUGAAGGUUCCCAAUAGUCGGGGAAAAUCCUGAAGGUUAUGGCUGGUGUCGUGCCUUGCAACAGCACUGUAGACAUGUUUUAGGUAUUAGGGAAAUAUAUUGAUGAUUAUAAAUAGAUCAUCUGUACUGGUAACAUAAUUCAAUAGGCAAUUCAUGAAAUGAAGCUGAUAAACGCCACUAUUUCUUGCAUGUACCUAGCUGGGAUAACAAAUUGUUGGUUGUCUGUUACUGUAUAUACAGUACAGUACUAAAUAAUAUUUUGCAUGCUUUGUUAUUUGUUAUAAAAUAUGUAAAUUGUUAUAUUACAGCCUGUAGAAUUAAAGCGCUGAAUUAGCCUUGUUUCCAGUACUGGACUAGUCUAAUAUACAGUAUUAUAAUAUAUAAUCUGAAUUUAAUAUAGGACAUUAAAUUCGGCGAACCAGGAAAUCAGAUCAGCCAAAAACUAUGAAAGAAAACUUGGCCAAAAUAUAAAGAUCCAAAGUCGUUCUGUGCCUACAUAACAAGUAAAACCAAAAUAAAGGACUCGGUAGGACCCCUUAAAAGAUGAGACUAACCAAGUUAUAAAGGGCAGCAAAUGCUCCAAAUGAAUACUUUACAUCAGUGUUUUACACCAUAAAAAUCGGACAUCUCAUCACCAACACAAAUGUUUGAAGGAGGUGAAGAGAACAAAUUAAGGUAUAUACCCACAACAUGCGACAUGAUCAGGAAGAGCAUAAACAAACUAAGACUAAGCCCCCAGGUGUGGAUGGAAUUCAAUCCAAAAUCAUAAAGGAACUGGCAGAUGAACUAUGCCUACUGCUGAAAGUAUUUUUCAAAAAAUCUCUGGACCAAGGGAUAGUUCCCCCUAAAUUGGUAAAUGUGCAAAUGUCGCCCUUAUUUUAAAAAAGACAGAGCUUGUCAAGCUGAUCAGACAGUAGUUUUCUGCUAUCACACAUGCAAGCUCACCGAUAGAAUCCUAAGGGAGAAAAUCGUUCACCAUCUCACGGUGAACAAUCUUUUAAAAUCGAUGCAUCUACUUAAAUAGAUGUAAUAUACAUGGAUUUUGCUAAAGCCUUUGAUAAGGUACCACAUGAGACUUGCAAGGAAAUAACUGGGACAUGGAAUAAAUAGUGGAAUUCUAGAAUGGAUAAAACAAAGAAAACAGAGGGUGGUGCUAAAUGGAAAUGAAACUGACUGGAGAAAUGUCAUGAGUGGGUUACCACAAGGGUUCAUUUUGGGGCCAACCCUUUUUGCUAUGUAUAGUACAUCAAUGAUAUGUGGUUUGUAAUAUUCUCAUCAAUUUACUUCCCAAAUGACACUAAGAUUUAUCACAGUGGGAAGUGAAAAUUACAUUGAGGCCUUAAAGAUCUACAUGAACUCCACAAAUGGUCAGAAGACUGGCAAAUGCUAUUUAAUAUAGAAAAAUACAAGACCUUGCAUGUGGGACAUAACAAUCGCAUGUCGCAACUACCAAAUUAAUAACAUUACCUUGCAGCAGAUUGAUGAAGAAAAGUACCUUGGAGUAAAAAUCCACCAUUCAGUGAAAGUUCCACAUCAAGUGGAAGCAGCAGUAAAAAAAAAAAAGCUAGCCAAACCCUAGGAAUAAUCAAGCAUACCUUUUAACUCUAAGGAAAAGAAGAUAGUGAUUCAACUGUGUAACUCUCUGGUGUGCCCCCACUUGGAUUAUUGUAUCAAGGCAUGGAGACCUCGUCUUGAGAAGGAUAUAGCUGCUUUGGGGAAAGUACAACUCUGGGCAAGAAGAAUCGUACCAGAAUUAGGACAACUGUCAUAGCAGGAAUGGUCAAGGGCCUCAGGGCUAACCCUGCAAACCAGGCAGGGUUAGCCCUGCCUGUUAAGGCAGGGCUAACUAACAGGGUUAGUUAUUGUUAAGGUGAUAACACUGUAAUAGUAGACUGACCAUCUGCCUCCUUACGAACUGGACACCACCAUUCUGCCUCUCUCAAGAGAGUCCACAUUAUUUAAUAUUAAAUAGGAACACCAAUGCUUGAUUAUUUAUAAAUUCAAAGUUGCAGUUAUUAUGACCAACUACUUCAUAAAGAACUAAUGAGGUUUACUUUAAUAGAUACUUUUGAACAAUUAUUGAAGGUGAAGUUAGCAGCCCAUUUGGCCUUGGAGCAUUGCACAAGGGUGACAUGGUACCACCCUUGAUACAUUUCUACUCUGUAAUUCACGGUAAUCUCAUUGACGUAUUGUGUGUAACACUAAAUUUUAAGAACACAUUACCCAUAUACAAGUUAAUACAUAUGUAAUCAUAUUUGUUUAUUUGUAAACACACAAUUGUUUCUACUAAGAUAUUUGAAUUGUAAAGUGAUUGGAAAAUUAUCAAUCAUCCCACAGCUGUAGUGGAUAUUUUUCCACAACAUUGUCUGUGUUGAGCACUGGUUGUCAGUAUGAGGCAUUGAUAUUAUGGGACUUCUUGUCAGUAUGAGGCAUUGUUAUUAUGGGACUUCUUGUCAGUAUGAGGCAUUGUUAUUAUGGGACUUCUUGUCAGUAUGAGGCACUGUCAUUGAGACACUGGUCGUCAGUAUGAGGCACUUGUGAGAGAAUGGUUGUCAGUACGAAGCACUUGAGAGAGACUGGUGAUCAGUAUGAGGCAAUAGUUGUGUGUGUUAGGCACUAGUUGUGUGUGUUAGGCACUAGUCAGUUCAAGUCACUGGAUAUGUGCACAUACAGUCUGUUUAAAAGAUGCCUUGGUGCGUAUAGUGCACGAUGUGCACCAAAUGUGUCGAGACAAAUCGUGAGUGGAGGUUGCAGUUCAACCUUGUUCCUCAUAACCAGUUUGUUCGAUGAAUGUCUGAUAAUUAUACUAAAUACUUUAUCUUUCCAUUGGUUUGCAUUUUCAACAGACAUUUCCAUAAAUGUAGAAUAAUGAUCUCAGGGUGUAAAUGUUCACUCUUCAAGUACAAAAUUCAGAAAGUUUUUUGUGAUGGCCACCAACAGUUUGUCAGUAGUUUAUGUAAAAUGAGAUGAAUGUAGAGUUAUGUGCCUCUUCAUCAUUACUAUCAUACAAUACCAACUUUGCCCAUAUCUUAUCGGUCAUACAGAGAAUGUUUCUCCACUGGUUGUAUUAAUCUUACAAAUUUAUAGAUACUGUAUUAGUAAUAAAACUACUGGUAUUGUAGGCAAAAUAUCAUUUUGCCAGUUCAGAAAGCAGCAGCACACUCGUAAGUAAUGGUACACUCCUUGAUCCUUCUAGGCUACGCACAUCUGAGGCCAUUGAAUAACUUGGAUUUUAUAAAUUUUUGGGCCUCGAGCUAUAACUCAUAAUGAGGGUGUAAGGCAGCAAUAUUCAGUAAGAAUUUUUAAUUUUUGAUUUUCAGGUUCUGUAUAACAAGAAUUAUGGUUGUGACAGUUAUGUAGAACAAAUAAUUAAGACUCAUACAAACAGUAUAAACACACUGCUAAACACACUGGCAAUUUGUAUGUAGUCAUAGUAAAUAUUAAUCUGUAUAACUAGUAAUAAGUUAAUUCAUAGUAACUUAAAUUAUAUAUACAGGUAUAUACCUAGAAAAAUAUAUAUAUUUUGCAUGGCUUGUGUAUGUACUGUACUAGAUUUGGUUAGCAGUGGCUUGUAGCUAUAAUGUAUGUUUGAGAAACUUUCUGCAAGCCAGUCUCCUUUGUUAAGCAUAAUAUAACAAACUAUGCAAUGGAGCAGUCUCCAAUGAGUGUUUACUUCUAUGCAAUAAUAUCGUCGUUGAACACAAUUCUAAUGUUGAACCUGAUAUUGUCAGGAUCUACUACUGAGGAUAUAGCAAUAAUUACCAAACAGUACAGCUGUGUGCACCAUUUAUGCCCAUUACUGUGGGUCAUCACAGCUCUUCAGGCUUAAAAAAAAUUAAAAUGAAGAAUGUAAUUCUAAUUUGUAGUAUCUUUUAAUAAAUUUUCAGUGUU